AUGUUGUCUCUUCGAUCCAUCAUCAUGAUCUUUCUUCUUUUGGCCAUGCAGCCGAUGGCCAUGCCUUCCUUGAUGAGUGCAAACUACACUCGUCCAUCCAUUCAAGUCUACAGUUUGGCCAACGAAAACAUUGUUUCCACUGUUGACUUUGUUGGAACCACCGUGGAAAUGGAAUCCACUGGUGUUCCUUCUUUCUCCCUUGCGGAGUUUGUCAUGUCUAUUGACUACGAAUCGGUCAAGGCUUUCACACAAGACUUCAGCAAGAAGUACGAAGCCUUCGCCGAAGCAUUCACUGAUGCCAUGUCUGCCAUCUUCGAGUUGUUCAGCAUGGAGUACAACGCAUACAAGCAAUCGAUCAACUACGAAUCGAUCAAGGCUUUCGCACAAGACUUCAACGAGAAGUACGAAGCCUUCACCCAAGCAUUCACUGAUGCCAUGUCUGCCAUCUUCGAGUACGAAGCAUUCCACCAAUCCAUUGACUACGAGUCCGUCAUGUCUUUGGCAGAACUCUUAAAUGAGCAGUACGAAGCAUACACCCGAGAAGUGUCUACUGCCAUGUUUUUCAAGAUCGGACUCUUCAUCCAGAAGCUCGAAGCAUACAACCAAGAGUUCCGAGUCAAGUACCAACGAGUCUACAAGGAGCUAGAAUAUGUUGCCACUGACCUGCUUGCUGCAGCUCCAGCUUGGCUAAGCUUUGACCAUGAAUUCAUUGUCAGAGAUGUUUUCGACGGAGUGUUAUCCUACACCACCAUGGAACCAUUCGUCCCAGCACCAGUUCCACCGUUGCUAUCCCUUGAGGACGCUCAAUUGAUUGCAAUGGAGGUAUUGGACUCGACCGCUUUUGGAGCCAUUGUCAUUGCCCUCCUCGUCGCCGCUGUGACUAUGAUUUAUGCCAGCAGUGUCAUCGAUCGAGGGCUCGUUUCCAUGGAAGAUUUAUCCAUUGUCUUGGAGACACCCUGUUUGUCCAUGACUGAUUUGAGAAAGAAAAUGACACCAUCGGUCAUACUCCGUUCUGCGGAUGCUUAUGCUAGGUAUCAAGCCAGUUGCGACAAGUCUAAGGACCCUUCCAUCGUGGACCUUUGCAGCCUAUUCGCCAACAUUUCCUUUCUGAAGGAUACUACGGAUCCUUCUAAAAAUGAGAGCUUUUGA